CAUCUUAUACACCUUUUGCCACUACAAAAGGUUGUAUCCUUAAUUACAUCACAAACAAAGGUGAAAAAAGAGACAUGGGAGCUACAAAGAGGGGUUGUCCCAGCCAUUCAGAACAACCGAUGCAAUUGAAGCCACCAGGGUCACCCUACAGAUGCAGUGGAUGUCGAGAAGUAGGGUUUGGACGCAGUUACCACUGUGAAAACAAGAACUGUGGUUACAUCCUGCACGAAGAGUGUGCAACUGCUGUUUCCUUCGCCUUUCAUCGAUUUUUUCCGAGGAGCCACUUCGAGUUAUACGAGGAAGCACCAGGGCACCGCGUGAGAUACUGUGAUGCUUGUGGAAAGGAUGUUCUAGGGUUUGUGUACCAUUGUUCAAGCACAGGUUAUGAUCUUCAUCCAUGCUGUUUAAAGAUGAAAGAUAGCAUUUCUGAUGAAGAAGGGCUUGUGUCACUUCAACUGUGUCAGAAGGUUCCUUCAAAGUGUGUGAAAUGUAAGCAUAGGAAUGUUGUGGAUGGAAUCAGAGGAUGGUCUUAUGUGUCUUCGGAUUCUGGGGGAAGUUGCUGUUACCAUGUUUGGUGUGUUAAGCAACUGAUUCUUGAGAAUUUGAAUAAGGGCUAUUUUAGUCGUGAAAUUGGGAUGAGUGAGAGUGAGAGUGAGAGUGAGAGAGAGUACUCUCAGCUUGCAGUGAGAAGCAUGGACAUGGUACGAAGUAGAAGAAGUACGAGGAGGUCAGGGACGAUGAAGAAGUACACAAAGAUUGCUGUGUUGGUAUUUAAACUGGUUUUUUCAGCUGUUUUUGGAAACCCUAUAACUGCCAUUGCUUCUCUUGUUGAAGCCCUAGUUUCAGAUUAGGAGAUCCUACGGUUCUUAAAUUAUUGCCACUGUUUGGAUCGCAAAGCUUUCUUAAUAUGGUUCGUUGUUCAUUUGAUUUACCAUGAGUGCAGAUAUGAUGUUGAAUGAGAGUGUUUCAAUUUGUGUUGGUUUUGGGAAUUUUCUAUAUUAUAAUAAAGUACAAAUUCAAGCUAUGUAA